CAAUUUUGGCAACACUUCUGAAUGAUUCUUUCAAACGUCAACAAAGAAAUUUCUUCAGGAACUACCGACAGUUUUCGCAGUUUUUCCAAAAAUUUAACUUUAUUCACCGAAAAUUCUGCUCAGUUUAUCGACAACCCCGUAGCAAACAUGUCGUUCGACUCUGUCCCAAAGGAUUUGCGUGGGUUGCGGGCAUGCUUGGUGUGUUCCCUGGUAAAGACGUUUGAUCAAUUCGAAAUCGAGGGUUGCGAAAACUGCGAAGACUUUCUUCGAUUGAAGGGCAACAAGGACCAGGUGUACGAUUGUACCAGUAACAAUUUCGACGGGUUGAUAGCAGUAAUGCAGCCGGACGAUAGCUGGGUCUGCAAAUGGCAAAGGAUAAAUCGAUUUAACAAAGGGGUCUACGCUAUAUCGGUAUCUGGUCGACUGCCAAAUAGCGUUAUCCGAGAGAUGAAGAACCACAACAUUCCCUAUCGGUCCAGGGACACUAGUACAAGAUAGUUCUUUCAUUUAUUUAAGCACAAGAUUGUAAUAACCUUAUUUUGAAUUUCAUAAUCAGUACCAUUCUUGACUAAAUUUA